GCAAAUUAGAAGGAUCCGCCAACCACACUACAAUUGACAGAAGAAGGAUCCAAUUGCAAAAAUAAAAGAAGUUAACAGACUCGAUGUAUAAACCAAAGUGGGUUAAGAUGACAAGACUCGAACGCAUUUCCAUGACUCGGUGAUGCAAUGCGAGAACAUCCAUGAACAAUGUGUACAAGCUCCACACCCUCGCCAUCAAGACCGGCCUCGAAGGCGACGCCGACUCCCUCCGCCGCCUCCUGCUGUCCUGCGCCGCCUCGGCCCCCGAGAGCUUGCCCCACGCCCGCUCUCUCUUCGCCCGUAUCUCCUCUCCCGACACCGUCGCUUACAACACCGUCAUCAGAUGCCACGCCCACUCUUCCCCUCCUCACUCCCUCUCCUUCUUCGUCCAGAUGCUCCGCCGCGGCGUGUCGCCGGAUAACUUCACCUUCCCUUUCGUCCUCAAGGCCUGCUCUCGCCUCCGGGAGAUGGGUCACGGCCUUCACGCCCUGAUCGCGAAGCUCGGGCUCGACUCCGACGUUUAUGUCCAGAACGCGCUGGUCAGUACGUACGGGUGUGUUGGUGUGGUGGAGUCGGCGCGGAAGGUGUUUGACGAAAUGCCUGAGCGAGACUUGGUGUCUUGGUCGUCCUUGAUUGGGUGUUACGCGAAUAAUGGAUCUGGGUGCGAUGCCUUGGCUUGUUUUCGGGAAAUGCAGCUGGUGGAGCCUUUUGAACCGGAUAAGGUCACUUUGCUCAGCGUGAUCUCGGCGGUUUCCAGCUUAGGGGCUUUGGAAUUGGGUAGGUGGGUCGAUUGUUACGUUCGCAGAAGUGGCUUGAGUUGGAAGAUUUCUGUUGGGACCGCUUUGAUAGACAUGUACUCCAGGUGCGGUUCGGUCGACGAAUCGAUGAGGGUGUUUCACGAAAUGCCCGAGAGAAACGUGUUGACUUGGACUGUGGCGAUCAACGGGCUCGCAGUGCAUGGCCGCGGUGACAAGGCCCUCAAAUUGUUUGAUGACAUGAAGAAAUCGGGAAUGCAGCCGGAUCCUAUAACUUUCUCUGCAGUUUUAGUGGCUUGUAGCCACGCAGGACUUGUCGAGGAAGGCCGAGGAAUAUUCGAAAGCAUGAGGAAAGAAUAUGGCAUGGAACCAACCCUCGAGCAUUAUGGGUGUAUGGUCGACAUUUUUGGUCGAGUCGGGUUGGUUGAGCAAGCGUAUGAAUUUGUCGAAAAGAUGCCGAUCGGGCCAAAUUCAGUUGUCUGGAGAACUCUGCUUGGAGCCUGUGUGAAUCAUAACCAUCUUGGCUUAGCUGAAAAAGCGAGACGAAGACUUCAUAAGCUGGAUCCUCAUCACGAUGGCGAUUAUGUCCUUUUAUCCAAUGCCUACGGGGGAGUUGGUAAGUGGAACCGCAAAGCUCAUAUGAGAAUUUUAAUGAAAGAUAGGAGAAUUAGCAAAAGACCAGGGUACAGUUUGAUCAAUGCAGACCAGGAGAUCCAUGAGUUUGUUUCAGGGGAAAAUUCUCAUCCCGAGUGGGAAAAUAUCAGGGACAUGCUAACUUCAAUAAUCGACAGAUUGAAGCUUCGAGGUUAUACGCCGCAGACGUUGAACGUGUUGCACGAUAUUGAAGAGGAGGAGAAGGAGAGUAAUCUAAGUUAUCACAGUGAGAAGUUGGCAAUUGCUUUCGGCCUUCUGCAUUUUGAAAAUGGGAGGACGAUUCGGGUCAUGAAGAACAUUCGAAUUUGUCAUGAUUGCCACUCUUUUAUGAAGCACGUGUCGGAUGUAUUCCAAAGAGAGAUCGUUGUCCGAGAUCAAAACCGUUUCCACCAUUUUAGUAAAGGGACGUGCUCGUGCAGAGACUUCUGGUGAUGGAUAUAACUCGCUGGCAGCAAGAUUGAGCUUAGACAGAGCAUACAGCGUGUGAGCUACGAGGAGCCUCUCAGGUGAUCGAACACCCAAGGGAGCUCGAACGAGAUGCUCAGCUCAAGAUGGUACAAAGGUGAAAAAAGAAAGUCAAGAAGUAGUCAUAACGAGUACAAGAUUCAUAGUUGCGAUAUGUAGUUUUAGUUGGAAUAAGUAAAUUCAACCUAAUUUAUAAGUUUUGCUUAUGAUGGACAUU